CCAAGAUGGCGAUGCUGGCGGAGCCCCGGAGAAAGCAGAAGUGGUCCGUGGAUCCACGAAACAGCGCUUGGAGCAACGAUGACUCCAAAUUUGGCCAGAAGAUGCUGGAAAAGAUGGGCUGGUCCAAAGGAAAGGGUCUCGGGGCUCAGGAGCAAGGAAACCCAGAACACAUCAGGGUUAAGGUGAAAAAUGACACGCUGGGAUUAGGAGCUGCCAUCAAUAAUGAGGACAACUGGAUUGCUCAUCAGGAUGACUUCAACCAGCUUCUGGCUGAGCUGAAUAACUGCCAUGGACAGGGUGGAACAGAGUCCUCUAUGAAAAAGCAGAAAAAGACAUUCAGCCUCGAAGAAAAAUCCAAAUCCUCCAAGAAACGUGUCCAUUAUAUGAAGUUUGCCAAAGGUAAGGAUCUCUCAUCACGCACUGAACAGGACCUGUCCUGCAUUUUUGGGAGAAGACAGAAGAGUGCCAAGACUCAGGAGGAUAUUGCUGAUCCUGACUCCCAGGAAGAGAAGAACAACUUCCUCUCCAGCCCUGGAGAUGGUUCCAAUACAGUGAAGAGUGUUCUCACUGUCCAGGAAUAUUUUGCUGAGCGCAUGGCAAAGCUGAAGGGAUCCCAGAAGGAAACAGAAACAAAGGUGGAGCAUUCCGACCCAGCAGCUGAUGAAGCUGUGGAGCCUUCAGAAGAGCUGGAAACCAAAGUCAAAAAGAAAAAGAAGAAGAAGAAGAGAGAUGAUGAGGAAGAGAGGACAGAGGACUGUGAGAAACUAGAGAAAAAGCCUAAAACAGGGAGCUGGAAUGGAAAAGAAGUGGAUGAUUCACUAAAUGAAUGUCACAAAAGGAAAAAAAAGAGGAAACAUAAAGAGGAGAAUGAAGGAGAGAACAUCAGUUGUGAUGAAAAUACAGGCAAUGGAGAAAUUUCUGUGGGAAGGUCUGAGGGGGAGGAGCUCAGCUCAGAGGAGCAGGAGGAAAAGCAGAAGAAACGCCACAAGAAGAAGCACAAAAAGCAAAAAGAGGAGACAGGGGAGUGUGGGGAUGGAGCACCCAGAAAGAAAAAGAAGCACUGCAAGAACAUUUAAAACCCUUUCAGGCUCAGGAGUGAGUCUGUUAGAGGAGGCUCUGUGUAAAAACAGCACCAAUCCAGGCUUGGACACUGCUCCAACAGACUGGGUCUAAACUGAGGCUGGGUCUAAACUCAGACUGGAUCUAAACCCAGCUCUCCCAAGGGAAAACAUGGUGAUGGGCCAGCAGGAGCUUCAAAGGGGAUCCACAUGGAGGAUUAACACGUCAAGACUGUGAAAGGCAAGGAAUGACUUUCUGCUGCUUCACACUGACUGUGUUUUCUUAAAAUCCAGAAAAAAAAAAAAAACAAUUAAAAAUCACCUUAGUACUGCCUUUAUAUUAAAAUUGUUUUCACUUGUGAGAGCUCAGCUCUGCUUCUGGAAGCAGAAGGGGGUUUGCAAAGCUGUUUGUGUUUUUUAAUUGUUUUUUUGCCAGGUGGAGUCUAAUUUUUACAUUCAUCUCUUUUUACAUAUAAAAUAAAUGGUGUUUCUUCCCAAAAUGCUUACUCUGAUUAAGAGUUUACUCCUGAGUGUCAGCACUAAAAGAUGAAAUAAAAAGACCUCCCUGUGCCUCGAAAUCAUUGUCAAACAGUUGUAACUUUGCAGCAAAGCUAAAAGAAAUGUGUAUUAACUUUAUUUAUUAACUAUACCUAAGUCUUUGCUUUCCAGGCAAUACUCAGGAUCUCCUCACUGGAAUCCAGAAAGCUGCCUUGGAUAGAGCAAGGUUUUUCCCUGAAACUGGGACACCAAUAGAUUUUAAAAUCCCAGUCAGAUUGUUAUUGCCAUUCACACGUUGAAAACUUGCAAUUUGGAUUUAUAACCAAACCAGAGCUUGUUUCUCAUUGUAAGCCUGGAAAUAAGGAAUGCUGGAACUGGGCACUGCCACGAGCAGUUUUGUGGGAGAUCUGAAACAUUCAGCAUCGAUUUUGGCAUUUUAAUGUCACUCAGAGCUGUCAGAAGAGAUGGGUCAGCUUGGAAGUGAUGGAAUGGGAAGAAGGAUUCACCUUCCUGGUGUCUUGUUCUGAUAUUUCUUUGGCCACAGCAAACUGACAGCACGACCCUGAACACCAGCCAGUUAUCCUGGCAGAAUCCAGAAUCCAAAUCCAUGAGCUGCUCAUUUCAUCCAGGCUGGGUUUCAUCAGUGUAAAUCUAAAACAUCCCAUUGGCUGCCCUGCUGAAGAAAAUGGGUACAUUUUUAUAUUGUCUCAGCUCAGCAGAGUUGCUUAACAUGGUCUGAGGAACAUUGUCAAGAUGCAGAUGUUAACAGGGAAAAAAAUUUCCUUAAGCUGCCUUUAUUGUGCAGUGGAGGAAGCUCCAUCUGCAGCACCCAGACCACAUGGAUGGUUUGGUUGCAGCUCAACUCCUCCUUUUUU